GGCUCACACUGUUAACGUUAGCUAAUAAUAAACAGGCCAGCAUUUGCUAACUUAGCUAAGUUAGCAAAUUGUUUGCGCGUUAGUUAACGUGUCUGUUAUAUGAAACGUUAACUAUGAAUUUAUUCCGUUGCAACCAAGAUUUCUUAUGUCAAUAACUGUCAGUUUGUAUGCUAAAUUACAACGGCACAUUAUGUAAUUUUAGCAGAAAAGGUUUUACCACGAGAAGAACAUUCAUUGUCCGUAUUGAGACUGACAUUAGGCCUAAAUCAGGAGGAGUCAUGCAGGCUUUUUUGAAAGGAGCAACUGUUCAGACGUCCAGACCUCAAAAAGACAAAGCAGCAGCAGGGUCCAGUACAGAGAAGAAAGCCAAGGCCAUACCUUGGGUAGAAAAAUACAGGCCGAAGUGUAUUAAUGAGGUGGCCUUUCAGGAGGAGGUGGUAGCAGUGCUCAAGAAAUCUGUGGAAGGAGCAGAUCUUCCCAACUUGCUUUUCUAUGGCCCACCUGGAACAGGAAAGACCUCCACCAUCCUAGCUGCUGCCAGAGAACUUUAUGGACCAGAGCUUUACAGACAGAGGGUUCUGGAGCUCAAUGCCUCUGAUGAACGAGGCAUCCAGGUCAUCAGAGAGAAGGUCAAGAACUUUGCUCAGCUCACCGUAGCUGGGACUCGCACAGAUGGGAAGCCUUGUCCCCCUUUUAAGAUAAUCAUCCUGGAUGAAGCGGACUCCAUGACGGCACCAGCUCAGGCGGCACUCAGACGGACCAUGGAGAAGGAGUCCCGCACCACCCGCUUCUGUCUCAUCUGUAACUACAUCAGCAGGAUUAUUGAGCCCCUGACCUCCAGAUGCUCCAAGUUUCGUUUCAAACCUCUAGCAAAUCAGAUCCAAGAAGAGCGCCUGCUGGAGAUCUGCGAGAAGGAAAACCUCAAGUAUACCAAAGAG